AUGCGCUUUACUUGGCUUAUAGUACUCUGUGCCUUGCUGAGCUUGGUAGUAGCAUGGGAGAAGGAAGACUAUGAAAUAUUCGAUAUCGUAGCAGAAUUAGAAGCUGGAGAGGGCAAAGGUACAACAUUCUACUCAUUCUUGAAUGUGUCACCAAGUGCGACUACUUCCCAAAUAACAAAAGCUUAUCGUUCGACUAUGCUGGCAAAUCAUCCAGACAAAAACCCAGGAAAUAAACUGAUAGAAGAUAGGCACAAGAGAUUGACUACGAUUGGAUCAAUUCUGCGUAACAAAGAAGCUAGAAAGCGUUACGAUUUCUGGCUCAAAAGAGGUGUACCAUAUUGGAAGGGUGGUGCAUACAUGUUUUCACGCUUUAGACCGGGAUUAGGGACUGUUCUAAUAUUCCUUGCUAUCCUUACAAGCGGUUUACAAGCUUUGGUACAACAUAUGAACGCAUCUAAGGACAUCUCAAGAAUACAGAGACUUCGUACAAUUGCUUUAUCCUCAGGAAAGCAUAGAGCUCGUGUUCCUUUACGCGAAGAAGGUGAUAUUUUUAUUGACUGUAUUGUUGAAAACGAUGAGGUCUUCCUGCUUGAACCUGAUAACACAAUGGAAUUACUCACCGAUGAAUUCGUACCACGUCCUUCAAUUAGACGCUUAUGGCCAGUUGCACUCGUAUUCAAAUUGUUAUCACCGCUAACCGGCAUGAUUGAUAAGUCAGGUGAAGCUAUACAAGAUGCAGUUGAACCAGUUCAUGGAGAAGAGCCAGAAGAAAAGUCAGAAGAAAAGUCAGAGGUAGACAAAAGUGCCAAAAAGGACACCAGUAGACCACUCAAAGCAUCGGAAAAGAUGAGAAAUACCCGUAGACGUAAAGCUAAAAAGUAAAUUGUCGAGUAUAAAGAAUGAAUUGAUAAUUACAUUAAUAU